AUGACAAAUGAGGAGAUACCAAUGGAUGACAGAUAUAAAAUGUUUGAUCAAAAAGCAACAGAAGCAAUGAAAUUCCAUCCAUAUGUACAAGUUUUUGAAAAACUAGAAUUUCUAUUCUUUCCAAUGAAGAAGCAAAAGCAUUACUAUUUGUUAUGUAUAAAUAUCAAAAAGCUAUCAGUAGUUUUGAUUGAUAGUCAUAAAGAAAGGCCAAAUGUUAAAAUUGAAUAUGAGCUAUUAACACGAUCUUUGGUGAUGGAAAGAGGAUUGAAGAAAGCAUUUGAUUUGCUUACUAAUGAAAUUUCAGUAUUUAAAAUCAAAUGGUGGUUAAAAAACAAUUUUGAGGAAAAUGUAGUGGCAUUAAUGAGACAUAUGGAAUGUUUUGAAGGACAGACUCAGAGCAGUUGGGAUUGUGACAUUAAGAAUGAUCAAAAGCAAUAG